AUGGCCUUGCUUAGAUUCAAGGAUUCACUGUUCACUUAUGAUGAUGAUGCUGGUUAUUCCUAUUCCUCUUGUGGCGAGCUGCCCACUCUGAAUGACGCUUGGGACGUGGAGGAUACGGACUGCUGCUCUUGGGGUGGUGUCACCUGUGAUCGGUUGACUGGUCAUGUUAUUGGCCUCGACCUUAGCUGCCAUGAUCUUUAUGGCACCGUUGCUCCCAACAGCACCCUCUUCCUCCUUCCUCACCUACAGAAACUCAACCUAGCUCAUCUUCGUUCUGAUGGUUCUAUCCCUUCUGGGUUUGGUUUAUUUCCAAAUUUGACGCACCUUAAUCUCUCCAGCUGUUUGUUCUCAGGCUAUAUUCCACCUGAAAUUUCUCGUUUGUCCAAAUUGGUUUCACUUGAUUUGUCUUUCAAUUCUGACUCUGAUGAAGUCUUGAAAUUCCAUAGUCAUGUAUUUGAAAAUUUAUCACGAAACCUCUCAAAAUUGACCUUUCUGGAUCUAAGUGAAGUGGACAUGUCUUUGGUUUCACCUAAAUCUUUGUUGAACCUUUCUUCUUCUCUGAAAUCUCUUCAUCUCUCAAGCUGUUUCUUGCAGGGGAAUUUACCAGGAAACUUUUCGGGCUUUCAAUCCCUGGAGGCGCUUGAUAUUGCAUCCAACUUUGGUUUGAUAAUUAAAAGUUCAGAAGCUAAGUGGCCUGCUUCACUAAGGAUCUUAGAUAUCCACGAGACAAGUUCAUCAGGAGAGCUAUCAGAUUCGAUGAUCAAUCUCAUGUCGUUGGAGUACUUAGAUCUCUCAUUCAACAGUUUCUUUGGUUCAAUUCCAGCAUCUCUUGGCAAUCUUGAGUUCUUGAAGCACUUGGAUAUUUCAAACAACAAUUUCUUUAGCUCAAUUCCAGUAGAACUGGGCAAUCUCAGGUCCUUGGAGUACUUAGAUCUUUCAUUCAACAAUUUCUUCAGCUUCAUACCAACAACGCUUGGAAAUCUCAAGUCCUUGAAGUACUUAGAUUUCUCAUUCACCAAUUUUUCUGGGUCGAUACCAUCAGCACUUUGCAAUCUCAAGUCCUUGAAUUACCUAGACGUUUCAUUCGCCAAUUUUUCUGGGUCGAUUCCAGCAGCACUUGGCAAUCUCAAGUCUAUGGAGUACUUGGAUCUCUCCUUCAACAAAUUCUCUGGCUGGAUACCGCCAUCACUUGGUAACAUUGAGCAGCUCAAAUACUUAGCUUUGAAGUCUAACCAUUUUUCAGGGCAGAUUCCUGAUAUUUUUGCUAAAUCUAGCAAAUCAGACUCGGUAAACCCAUCUCCCUACAAUUUCAGCAGUCAGUUGCAAUUUUCGCUUGAGGAUGUUGAUUUUAGUGAUAAUGAGUUGCACGGGCCAAUUCCAAGUUCCAUUUUUGAACUUGUGAAUCUUAAGAGUCUUUUUCUUUCUUCUAACAACCUUAGCGGCACGUUUGAGUGGAACUUGCUUAGAAAGCUCAAAAAUCUUGUGCAACUUGAUCUUUCAUGGAACAGUGAGCUAUCCUUGAGAAGUAGCAGCCAUGUCAACUUUACUUUGCCCGAUCUUCAAUCAUUAGCUCUUGCUUCUUGCAACAUAACAAAAUUCCCAUAUUUCUUGAAAACGUUGGAGAAUUUGAGCUUUUUAGAUCUCUCCCAUAAUAGAAUUCAUGGCAAGAUCACCAAGCAGAAGUCAUUCGGUUGGACAAGCUUAAGUACUUUAAGUCUCUCUCAUAACUUUUUGACUGGAAUCGAGCAAUAUCCAUGGAUCAACAUUCGAACUCUGGACUUAAGUUUCAACUUGCUCCAAGGAUCACUUCCAGUACCACCAAAUUCCACCGAGAUUUUCUUGAUUUCCAACAAUAGAUUGGGUGGAGAGAUCCCUUCAUCAGUUUGCAAUUUGACUUCUCUUGCGGCGCUUGAUUUGUCUAACAAUGAUUUAGCAGGAUUGCUUCCAAAAUGUUUAGGAGACAUUGUUGAAUCUCUCUUUACCUUGAAUUUGCAGGGCAACAACUUCCAUGGUGGAAUCCCAGAAAUAUUUGCACAUGGUAGCUUGGUGUAUCUGAAUGCUAAUGGCAACAAAUUCAACGGUCCAUUGCCAAGAUCUCUAGCAAAUUGCACGAGUCUGCAAGUUCUAGAUUUGGGGAACAACAAGUUAAAUGACACGUUCCCCCAUUGGCUGGAACAUCUCCUAGACCUGCAAAUUCUUAUCUUGAGAUCCAAUAGCUUCCAUGGAAUCAUUGGAAAUCCCAUUACCACAUCUCCUUUCCCCAAGUUGCAAAUUCUUGAUAUCUCUCACAAUGAAUUCACUGGACUUCUACCUUCAAAAUAUCUACAGCAUCUGAAAUUUUUGAUGAAGGUGGGUGAAGUUAAAGUUGAAGCAAAGUAUGCAGGAGAUAGUGCAUACUAUUUUCAAGAUUCUUUGGCUGUGGAUCUAAUAAUGAAGGGGGUGGAGCUUGAAAUGAAGGAAAUUCUAACCAUUUUCACAGCCAUUGAUUUUUCAAGCAAUAUAUUUCAAGGAGACAUUCCUGAAGAAGUUAGUCUGUUGAAGUCUCUAGUGGUGCUCAACUUUUCUCACAAUUAUCUAACAGGUCACAUCCCAUCAUGGCUUGGAAAUUUGACAGAGCUUGAAUCACUAGACCUCUCAGUUAACAGAUUUGUUGGAGAAAUUCCUCAGCAGUUAACAGUUCUAACAUUUCUUGCUGUGUUGAAUCUUUCAUAUAACCACCUCAAUGGAAUCAUACCUCAAGGUAACCAAUUCAAUACAUUUUCAAAUGAUUCUUACAUAGGGAACAUGGGUUUGUGUGGAUUUCCACUGUCAAAGAAUUGCAACAAUGGUGAGGCAUCCCAGUUACCUCCUCCAAGAUUUGAUGAAGGAGGAGAUUCUGCAGAGUGCUGGUUUGAUUGGAAAAUUGCAUUGAUGGGCUAUGGAUGUGGACUAGUGUUUGGUUUGUCCAUGGGAUAUAUCAUAUUUGCAACAGGAAAACCAGAAUGGUUUGUGAGAAUCGUUGAAGCAAAACAAUACAAAUGGACGAGAAGAUCAAAAAAUUUUAGGGGCAAAGGGAGAAGAACUAAGUAA